AUGCCAGCACCACACCGUGAGUUUCUUGAAGUCUGGCUGUAUGAUAUAGCAAAGCUGACCGUUCUAGCCUAUACAAAGCUCAAGCUCCCGGAAAACGCGCCCUUUGAGCUGAAGCCUUCUCCUGGAAAAGGAUGGGGUAUCUUCGCGACGAAAGACCUCAAGAAAGGAGACCUGGUCCUGAGCGAGAAACCGCUUUUUGUGAUCAAGUCAUCUACGAGCAAAACCACUGAGUUGGCCGUUCUUGCAGCAUUCCAGAAGCUGAAGCCAGAGGAUAAGCAGCAGUUCUUAUGCCUCCGUAACAACGGCUCUGCGAGAUAUCCUAGCAUGACCCAUGCAUUUAUUGACAACAACAUGACCGUGUCCAGCAUCAUCACGAUGAAACGUGGCGAGAAUCCAGCCUGCGGCAUGUUCAUCCUGCAGCCGAGAUUCAACCACUCGUGCGUUGCCAACUGCAAAGCACCAUUCAGCGGCAAGGAGGCCAUCUCUACCUAUGCCAUCCGGGAAAUUGCUGCUGGCGAGGAGCUCACUCUCAGCUACGACGCCAGAAUCGCCUUCCGCCCGGUCAAGGAGCGCCACGCUGCCCUUGGCUUCGUGUGUGAAUGUCCUGCGUGCAAGGUCGGGACGCCCUUCCAGGAGCUUAGCCAGAUCCGCCGAACACUCAUCCGGGGCCUGAUGUAUCUCCAGGACGGCGAAGACGUGGACAAAAAACGACACGACAACUCGUCCGCUAUCAUCUUCUGCCCCAAGCUGAAGAAGCUGGCAGAGGACGCCGAAAUCAAGCUCACAUCCCGCUUCAUCUUCCAGACCUUGGUGAUCUUUCUCAUGGAGGAAGAAGGCCUGCUGGAUGCCUUCACGCAGAAGACCCUCCGCCGCAAGCUCGAUUCCGGCGUCAUGCUCCUCCAGACGGACAGAAACGCUCGCAUUGCCCGGCUGGCCAUGAGACGCAAGGGCUGGCUGCGCAAGUUCGUGACGGCCUUGAGACUGUACGGUCGUGAAGACGCUGCUGAUAUGUAUGCCCCCGUGUACUACGGGAGCGCUGGCCGCAAGUCCCUCCGCCUGUAA